AUGUUGAAAACAACUCCAGCAUCAAUAAUGGUUAUUUACCUAAUUCAUUUAUUUCUAACUGAAAGCGUAUCUCGAAAUGAACAACCGGAAGGUUAUCGCGUAGAACGGACUGGUUUACAUGGAAGGAGAGUCAACUUUACGUGGCACAGGAACGUAACAAUCCGUAGCUGGGUUCAGGCAGCUGAAAAAUGCUCCAGUUUGAACAGCUUACUUCCUAAAGUUAAUGAUAUGCGUUAUUUCUACAAGACACUUCAGUCGGAUGAUAUUAUUUCGCCAAUAAAUAGAACUCUUGAGAAUACAACUCACAACGGUGUCGUCUUUUAUCUUGGGGAUGUUUUGGAGGCUACGAUGGAUUAUCCUAAUAUCGAGAGUGGCGAAAGAAUGUGUCUCACAAUUGAGAAGGUUCCCGGAUCGCAGUUACAUCUAGCCGAAUCAUCUGCGAUAAAAAGUUGUCUAACGCAUGCUAAUCUACUUGUUUGUAAAUCUGAAGUAGACAGUAGUGAUACAGCAAAUUACGAUGAAGAUUCGUACUCACAUAUAUGUAAUUUUGCAGAUGACAAAUGGUUUAAUCCAUUGCCAAAAUGGAUUCUUGAAUUGAAGCAAAGAGCCGAAUUCAGACAAGAUCAUAUUUGCCUAAGAAAACUUCUUUUCUAUAUUACAGCUAUAUGUUCUGGGCUAAUCGUCGUUAUUUUCAUUACAAGUACGGUAAUCUUGGCUAUUCGGUACAAAAGCCUACUUCUAAAAGUGAAGAGAAAACAGAUUGGAAUGGAUGGAAUAGUCUGGUCGCAAGGCUCUGAAAUAUCAUCACAAUGUCCUUUGGGUGAAACAGAUGGAAGAUUAGAUAUUCUAGCUGACUCAGCGUUUCGUCGUGAUCCUAGUGGUUUCACAAGGGGAAGCUAUAAAGAGGCACUGGUUAAUAGCGGCUAUCAAAGAAUUUCGAAUGGACGAAUCAAAGGCCCUCGUACAUCGGGAAAACCUCGACCUGGCACAGUAUCGUGCUAA